GUGACUAUGUCAUCAAUGGAGGGAGGGGAUUGCGUAAAACGCCACGCGUUGAAACGGGGGCGGGGCGUGAUGCCACCACGGUCAUGCCCACUUCUUGUUGUCCGAAAAAAAAGGAAGGAAAAACCAAAACGCUCUCCUCUUUUUAAGGUCAUCCAGUUCUCUAUCUCUCAUCACUCACUGAGAGAGCCAUACCAUUUUCCACAGUUACUACUACUGCCCAACAACAACAGGAAGAAGAAGAAGAAGAAGAAAGAUGGUCGUCAAUCAUCUCCUCCGAUCCUCUCUCAGAAGAACCGCCGCUGCCUCUCAGGUGCACUUGUACAAAAAUCAUUACAGGCCAGAUGGAAUAGUACAGUAGCAUCUUUGCAAAAGGAUGUUUCAGCUACUGAGUUAAAGGAUGAGAAAGGGUUUAAGGGGCAUAGUAUGCUGGCACCUUUUACUGCCGGGUGGCAGACAACCGACUUGCAUCCUUUAGUAAUAGACAAGUCUGAGGGUUCCUAUGUCUAUGACAUAAACGGGAAGAAGUAUCUUGAUUCUCUUGCUGGUCUAUGGUGCAACCCUUUAGGGGGAAAUGAACCUCGUCUUGUUGCUGCUGCAACUGCGCAGCUAAAUAAGUUGCCGUUUUAUCACUCGUUCUGGAAUCGGACUACAAAACCUACUUUGGAUCUUGCGAAGGAAGUUCAAGAUAUGUUUACUGCAACCGAAAUUGAAAAAGUCUUCUUCACGAAUAGUGGAUCAGAAGCCAAUGACACACAGGUGAAGCUUGUUUGGUAUUAUAACAAUGCACUCGGAAGGCCAAAUAAGAAGAAGUUUAUUGCACGAGCAAAAUCAUACCAUGGGUCAACACUUAUAUCAGCCAGUCUUUCUGGCCUUCCACCUCUCCAUCAGCAAUUUGAUCUGCCAGCUCCAUUUGUGCUGCAUACCGACUGCCCUCACUACUGGCGCUACCACCUUCCAGGUGAGACGGAGGAGGAAUUCUCGACAAGGUUAGCUAAUAAUUUGGAGAAUCUCAUUCUCAAAGAAGGACCAGAGACGGUUGCUGCAUUCAUUGCAGAGCCAGUAAUGGGGGCAGGAGGUGUGAUACCUCCCCCUGCAACUUAUUUCGAGAAGAUUCAAGCUGUAGUGAGAAAAUAUGACAUUCUAUUUAUUGCCGAUGAGGUGAUCUGCGCAUUUGGAAGGCUUGGGACAAUGUUUGGCUGUGAUAAAUAUAACAUCAAACCGGACCUUGUGUCGGUUGCAAAGGCACUUUCUUCUGGCUAUAUGCCUAUUGGAGCUGUCCUUGUGAGCCCUGAAGUUUCAGAUGUCAUACAUUCCCAAAGUAACAAACUUGGGAACUUUUCUCAUGGAUUUACUUAUUCUGGGCAUCCAGUGUCGUGUGCUGUUGCAUUGGAAGCACUCAAGAUCUACAAGGAAAGAAAUAUUCUUGAGCAAGUGAACAGCAUUUCACCAAGAUUUCAAGAUGGUUUAAAGGCCUUUUCCAGCAGUCCCAUUAUUGGGGAGAUACGUGGAACUGGCUUGAUUCUGGGCACGGAGUUCACAGAUAAUAAGUCACCAAACGAUCCAUUUCCUUCUGAAUGGGGGAUAGGGGCAUAUUUCGGGGCUCAGUGUGAGAAGAAUGGGAUGUUAGUACGUGUUGCUGGUGAUAAUAUCUUGAUGUCUCCUCCAUUUAUAAUCUCACCAGAUGAAGUUGAUGAGGUAGGUUACUCUCCAUUUAGACCAAAGUAAAAUAUCCCAUGUUUUGAUAGAUGCUUGAGUAAUUCAAUUUCAAUCCCAAUAGAUGCUUGAUCUGAUCCUUAGAGUUGGAUGUUUGCAGUUGGUUUGUUGUUUUGGAAGAAUUGCCUACAAUUUCAAUCCCAAUAGAUGCUUGAUCUUUUAACCUUCGGGUGCUUUAUGUGGAGGCUGUGCUUCUGCCAGAACUUCUCUUUUGUCAUUUCAUUAAUCGUUUUGAUCACCUUUGAAACACAAACUUGCUUCACUUGCCCUUCAAAAUUUGCUUUCCCUUGGAUCGGACUAAGGAGUACUUUUUUUGGGUCAGGGAGUCGGAAGUGAGUUCAAAUUAUUUUUCACAAAAGAAAGAGUGUAUCUUGAGGAUCUUUGUUUCGUGACUUUUCUAAAUAUUUGAAUUACUCGUGUCGGAUGCCCGACACUUAGAGAUAAGGGCAUGGGAUCUGCAUUCCAAUAUAUGAAGUUGGACACCUGGCAAGCAUAUUUUCUAUUCAAUUUUACCACGAAUUUCGCAUAAAACAUUUAUGGUAUGUAGCAAAUGCCAUAGGACACCUUGUAAGUUCAAUUUUAUCGUGAAGAUGAAAGAAGUAUACUUAACAAUUUACCUAUUUUAACUGUUCCUUGAGAUGAAAAUUGGAUAAAUCUGGCCCUUAGACAAGUACCCGCACACUAUGUCUUGCUUUGAGUCCAUGUAACAUUGCCAAGGACCUUUCGGUCUCGGUUUUCGUUUAUAAACCCUGGUACUAAUUAGCUAAAGCUUUUGAAAUCACUUGUGUUUUUCAGUUGAUAAGCAAAUAUGGAAAAUCACUCGCGGCAACUGAAGAAAGAGUGCAAGAACUCAAGUCUCAGCAGAAGUAGCUGCUGAUAGCAGUGGAUGAUGGUAAUGAUGAUGUUGGCGAAAAUAUGUUUGCUACAAUGUGUAAAAAGGAUGCUCUGUUUUUAGGUUUUCCAGUCGUGACGGACGCAUGAAGUUAAUUAAUAAAGCAAUCUUGUUGUCUUGUACUGUUACUCUGGGGUGUGCAUGCUCUUACUUGCAGUGAAAAAUUCUAGUGCUACACAA